CACUCCCACAGCCCAAGGAUGGCAAAAGAAUUAUCGCCCCAAGAGAAGAUCGAUCUGAUCUACCACAAUCUUCAAGAAGUCCUGAAGCCAGAGAUUAUCGAAGAUGUCAUCUUGCGACAAAAUCGCCCUCUGAAAGUUUAUUUCGGUACCGCAACAACCGGCCGCCCACACUGCGGCUACAUCUGCCCCAUGGUAAAGCUCGCCCACUUCCUCCGCGCAGGCUGCCACGUCAAAAUCCUCCUCGCAGACAUCCAUGGCUUCCUCGAUAACCUCAAGGCGCCCAUCGACCUCGUCAACUUCCGCGCCAAAUACUACCGCUAUAUCAUCACCGCCCUCCUCGAAGCCAUCCACGUCCCCAUCGACAAGCUCGAGUUCGUUCUCGGCAGCGACUACCAGCUCUCCUCCAGAUACACCAUGGACCUGUUCCGCCUCAGCAGUGUCGUGACGGAGCACGAUGCCAAGAAGGCCGGCGCGGAGGUCGUGAAGCAGGUCGACAACGCGCCACUGUCCGGCCUGAUAUACCCGCUCAUGCAGGCGCUGGACGAGGAGCAUCUGGAUGUCGAUGCGCAGUUUGGCGGCGUCGAUCAGCGGAAGAUCUUCACGCUGGCGAUGGAGACGCUGCCGCGCGUGGGCUAUAAGGAGCGCGCACACCUCAUGAGUCCCAUGGUACCCGGGCUGGCGGGCGGGAAGAUGUCGGCGUCGGACCCAGAUUCAAAGAUUGAUAUUCUGGAUGCGCCGGAAGUGGUGAAAAAGAAGUUGAAGAAAGCCUAUGCGGUGCCGAAGGAGACGGAGGGGAAUGGGAUUAUUGGCUUUGUGGAGUAUGUGUUGCUACCUGUUAGUGCGUUGGAGAGGGAUGAUGGGAAAGGGAGCUUUGUGGUCGAGAGGAGGGAGGAGGAGGGCGGUCCGAUUGUUUAUUGGAAUAUUGAGGAUGUGAAGAGUGAUUAUCGGGAUGAUAAAUUAACCCCACAACUUCUUAAAGCCGCAGUGACAACAGCGCUCAACAAGCUCCUCGCGCCCGUCCAGGCCUCCUUCCAAGCUAACCCUGACUGGCAAGAGAUCGAGAAGAAAGCAUACCCGCCUCCACCGGAGCCGGAGAAGAAGAAGAAGAAGCCAAAGGAUAAGGGUAGUAGAUACCCUGGUGGUGGCGGUGGCGGUCCACCAAAAGAGGACGCGGGCGGUGUCGAGGAGAAGCUGGAGAAACUGGAGGUUUAAGCAUUUUACUUUCUUGAGUCAUUACGAGGCGCUGGUAAUGCGUAGGAAAUUUUAAUUUGGAGUAAAAAAUAGGGGAUCAAGCGAAUGAGUGAGUGGAGGAGGCGUUUGUAUGGAUGGAGUCUGUUCCUGUCCCCCCCCAAUACUCGUUAGUUGGGCGAAAAAAAAAGGGGGGAGGGGGGCAGGGGAAUAGAAUGCCUUUUGCCCUGGAUGGCCUGAAUGACGGCCGAAGAUUAAACUAUAGAGAACCCUUAUUACUUUCACGUGGGAAAUGACCAGAAAAUAGCUUAUGAAGCGCAGUACAACUAGCUAACCUUUUUCUUUUCCUUUUGCUGGAACAUUGAACAUCGAUGAUAUGAUUUGGCGCUAUAAAAUAUACAGGUAUGUUUGUUCGUAUGCAGGUAGUUUCCUAGGAUUCAAGUUUCAACGUAACCAAGCAAAUCAGCUUCGAUGAAGUUGGGUAUAAACACAGGAUCACAGGUAUCAUGAAAGAUAUACAUCAACGUCAAUUUUCCGUGCCAACCUAAGACUCCAUCCAGCUUCCUCUUAUGAUUGAAUUUAAAAAGGAAGCACCAAUUACCAACCAACCGAGCAGUUGGUCCUUCAGGCGAUGUGUUUUCCUGAGAAAUUUGAAAAGCGCCGCAAGGUGUGCAUGUGGGAGCGAGUGUGAACAACGGCGUCUGAUCGUUUUGAGUUUUUUUCUAUGCACCCCUUUUGAGGACGCCGAGCGCGUCGGCUUCGCGCCGUUGAUUUUGCAUGGCAUAAUAAUAUAGAUCGAGUGGCAGGAGGCGGGCGAUUUGCCAGAGGAUAUGAUAUAGCUUUGGGGGAAAGGAAGCCUGUGCUCUAUCCUUACAUUCCCGUUCCUCUUUCAUGCCCCGUCCAUCCAUCCAUUCAUCCAUCCACAGCGAGGAGCCAAAUU